AACAGUUUCGCAGGAAAAAUGUCAGGAGAGGAAAUUUGGUCAUCUGUUGAAAAAGAAUCUAGAAAAUCUCUGCCUCCAUUUGAUAACAGUAGUGGCUACAAUUCAAAAACAGGAAUAUAUCACUCUCUUGAAAAGCUUGGCACCAAGCAUGAAAUCCCAACAGACCAAAACCUUACCACUGCAAGUCUUGUGUUAUCACAGUUCCCACAAGCAGAACUUGCUGACGCGAAGAUUGCGUUUAUUGAUUUAAAUACUAAUCAUAGUGUAACCUACGGCGAGCUUCGCCGAUCGGUUUACUCGCUUGCAACAGCUUUGUUCCAUGGACUUGAGGUUAGAAAAGGCGACAUCGUGUUUUUAUUGUCUCCGAACUCGACUUUGUACUCGACUAUAUGCUUAGCUGUGUUAUCAAUUGGUGCAAUUCUUACCACUGCGAAUCCUCUCAAUACGAAGUCGGAAAUUGCGAAACAAGUACGUGAUUCGGGUGCUAAACUAGCCAUCUCAACACCAGAAGAGUUACACAAACUGGUCCCAACAGGUGUUCCUACACUUCUUACCUCUAGUUCAUCUGAUGAAAAGUUUUUAUCAGUUGAAGAGUUAAUAGAAGGCUGUUAUGAUUCGCAAGAGUUGCCGCGUGUUUCUGUGGAACAAUCAGACACUGCUGCUAUACUUUACUCUUCAGGGACCACAGGAGUAAGCAAAGGUGUUGUUUUGACACAUUCAAAUCUCGUAACCAUUAUAAAACUAUUCUGCUGGUCUGCUGAUAUAUCAGCAUCUCAAGAUGAUGUUUUCCUCGCCUUCAUUCCAAUGUUUCACAUCUAUGGACUCACGUUCUUUGGAUUUGGGUUGUUGUGUGUUGGUGUUACAACAGUUUUGAUGCAGAAAUACAAUUUCCAAGCUAUGCUUAUUGCUAUCGAGAAGUACAAAGUUAAUAACAUACCAGCAGUGCCGCCCGUGAUCCACGCGUUGGUGAAACAUGCAAUCAAAGAUGGGUGUGACCUGUCUAGCUUAAGAAGGGUUGGUUCAGGUGCAGCACCUUUGAGUAAGGAAAUGUCACAGGAGUUCAGAAAGAUGUUUCCUUGGGUUGAACUAAGGACAGGGUAUGGACUAACGGAAAGUUGUGGGGGAGCAUCCUUUUUUGCGUCGGAUAAAGACGCUAAAGCUCAUCCAGAAGCAUGUGGAAAGUUGAUUCCGACUUUUUGUGCAAAAGUGAUGGACAUUGGAACAGGAAAGCCUUUGCCUCCUAACAAGGCAGGAGAGUUAUGGCUGAAAAGUGGCACUAUUAUGAAAGAAUAUCUAGGAAAUAUGGAGGCAACAGCUGCAACAGUUGAUUCAGAAGGUUGGUUGAGAACAGGUGAUCUUGGUUUUAUCGAUGAUAAUGGAGUUGUCUGCAUAGUUGAACGAAUAAAGGAGCUAAUCAAGCACAACGGGUAUCAGGUAGCUCCUGCAGAACUGGAAUCUGUGCUACUAAGUCAUUCCCUAAUUGUUGAUGCAGCAGUUAUACCGGUUGAAGAUGAAGAAACUGGACAGAUACCAAUGGCGUAUGUGGUGAGAAGAUCUGGCUCUCAACUCUCAGAAGACCAAGUCAUUCAAUUUGUUGCGGGCCAGGUAGCUCCCUAUAAGAAAGUGAGAAGAGUGAGUUUUAUCGACAAUAUUCCAAGGUCGGCUGCUGGCAAGAUAUUGCGCAAGGAUCUAGUUUCUCAAAGCAAAUAUCAACUAGUCUCUAAGUUAUGAGUAGCUUGAGUAUGAAUGAUGGUGCUAGGGAAUGUUUUGCUUUGUCUUCAAUCAAUGAAGGAAAAGUUCAAAACUGAAGAGAAGCCACCUCAACCCCUUCAGUGCAUCUAAAAUAAAACAAUAAAGAAUAUUGAUGCUUGUACUAUAGAUUUUGUACAUUCGUGAAUUUUGUGUUUUUGUUUUAGGCUUUAAUUAUACAUAGACCUGCUAUAAUAUGAACAUUUUCAAAGCUUUGCUUGUUGAACAAAAUAAGAUUGUGGUGGUGGAUUGAUUGCCAGUGGCAGAAGAAUGAUGCUAGUUUUCAUAUUUGGAUGUUGAGAUAUUUCAAGGAAUGAACAAUUAUCUUGCGAGAAAUAAGCCAAGGGAACCAUGUCAUGAGCAUAUUUCCUUUGGCGAUAUUGAUCCUACUCGUCCUGUAAUUAUUCUUCUUUACGUCAAACUAAAAACCAUGUCAUCACAAAAAUUAAGAUAAACCAUUCUCGCGAGCCUCUCCAAACUCUUCUCUCUAAAAAUUAGGGUUGUGGUUAUGGGUGGCCGCAGCCUCCUCUUUGAUAGAGGUCUUUCCACCGACAUCGGUGCUUUGCUCCUCCGACAUGGAGGAUGUACUCUCCUCAGUGGAGCUUCUUCCCAUAUUGUGGGGUUUUCUCCUACCCUUCUCAUUCCCCUGAUAUCUCCAACCUCUAUCCCUACGUCACUCGUCUCCGCCAGGAACUGUCAAACCCUUGCAACUCAACAACUAUCUUCACCAACUAAGGGACAAAAAGAAACAAAUAUAAGAAACGCCCUCCUCCAAGCCUCCACCAUCAAAAGAUCCGCCAUCUCUGAGAUACUGUCUUGUCAAUUUGGUUUUCGUUUUGUUUCAGGUGUGUGAUUUGUUUUUAAGUUCAGUUUAUUUUAAGGUUGCUCUCAAGGUGUUUGUUGAAAGGCCUCAAAUAUGUUUGGCUAAGGAAAAGUGUUGAUGAGUGAAAAUCUGAUAAUGGUUGUUGCAAAUCAGUUUUUCUUUUCCACUCGACAAACCAUUCGUUCGCAGAUGAUGAGUUUAUUCAAUCUUGAGAACCUGUAUUAUCAAACUGUGCGAUCCAAAGCUAAAGAAAUAAUCUGUAACGGGAUAGAUAUAAAGAUUAUGGUUCCUAAACUCAUUUCUCUUUUGUGGAAGAAGAAUUCUGUUUGGUUGUUUGAUUUAAAGAAUGGGAUUAAUAAUACCCUAUUAGUUUCCAACUUUUCUAUGCUUAUGAAUAUUCAAAUAUUUGUCGGCUUAGUUUUUAGUGUUGCUGUUAGAAUGUGGAUGGGAAAUAUCCCAACACAAAGUCUUUCAAUUUGCUUGUAUUCUCUCUAUUUCAUCUAUUGAAUGAUGUUUUUUCUGUAAAAA